AUGACAUUCAAAAUUCGUGGCCGGGUGGUUAACGCGUCUGUCUACCACUCUCACGACUCGGGUUCGAAUAUUGCAGUUUCUGCAGGUUCAUCCGACCCUCGGCUAACCCAGCCGUCCAUCCUUCCAAGAUCGGUAAAUGAAAAGACAACUUCUUCAAGUUUCCGUGCAGACAGACUUGAUCGAACAUCUGUGACUGUGCGACCAAUUGAACUGAAAUCUCUUUCAGAUUGUGCUGAACUGGCAGAGAUGCAUAACACUCGUCUAGCAACCUUUGAGAAAAGUGUAAAGUCUUUGCUAUUGUUUGGCCACAGCAAUAAUUAUAACAAUGUUAUCACCAACAAUAUUGAUGAUGUAAACAACAAUCAUACCAAUAGUGACAACUUAAACAACAACAUCAACAACACCAACAACAACAUCAACAACACCAACAACAACAUCAACAACAACAUUAACAAUAACAACAACAGUGCCAACACUGUAGAUACCAAUGCUAUAACUCACAGCGCAAAUAUCAAUUGCAAUUGGAACGUCAUCAAUAGUGACAACCCUAACAACAACAUCAACAACACCAACAACAACAACAACAGCAUCAACAAUAACAACAACAACAACAGUGCCAACACCGUAGAUACCAACGCCAUAACCCACAGCGCAAAUAUCACUUGCAAAUGGAACAUCUUCACAAGAAGCAAGAAGAAUCACAGCGAUGAUAAUAAUAAUAACGUUAACAAUAAUAAUAAUAAUAACGUUUUUAAAUAUUGUCAAAAUAAUAUUAAUAAUAGGUAA